CGCUGGAAAAGGUGACAGUUUCUAUUAAUUUUGUACAACAAUUUCCCUCACUUGAAGUUCAAAAACCACGUUAAAUACUACAACAGUAGCAACUUGGACUCAAAUUGUUAUCUGUCAGUUGUUAACACAAAAGAAGAAGGACAUCUAGACAAAAGAUGUCGUCCACAACAACCACGUAUCCUCAAGCCGUUGCAGUAAGGCGUCCAAUCAUGGCGGCCUAAUACUUUUUAUUCUCACUAGUUUAGCUGCAGUGUGAACUUCAAUCUUCAGAGACUUCAAGCCAUCGCCCCUUUGGCCCAUACAUGUCAAAAGCUUAACCUUUACCUUUAUACUUUCCCUCCCAUUGCAGUUCCAUGAUAUGUUUGGCUCACAUUCUUUUCUUAAUGGAGUUCCCUUCCUUCUAAAACUGCUUUUCUUUAGAGCCAAGGCAUGAUGAAACUAGGCCUUCUGAUGACAAACAACGACAGCUGCCACCAUGGAGCAGGAGAACCCGCCUCCUCCGGCGACCCGCCGGCAACAAGUCGGUCAAGGCGACUACAAGCAGGAAGGGCUGCUGCGGCCUCCGCGGCGGACGAACGCUCUCGUCUGGUGCUUCGCCAUUUUCUGCUCUAUCUUCAGCCUCCUCCUCAUACUCGCCGGCGUCAUCACCCUUAUCGUCUUCCUCGCCGUGAAGCCAAAACACCCUUCUUUCGACAUCGCAAACGCGAGCCUCAACAGCAUCUACAUCGACUCGCCGAGCUUGCUCAACGGGGAGCUCUUCAUCCUCGCUAAUUUCACGAACCCAAAUCAGAGAAUCAACGUGGGUUUCGAGUACUUGAACAUCGAGCUCCUCUUCCAUGGCACGCUGAUCGCUGCCCGGGCGAUCAAACCUUUUGAGCAGAGGAGCGGGCAGUCGAGGCUACAGACGAUACAGAUGGUGUCGAGCCAGGUCCCUCUGCCGCCGAUGCUCUCGUGGGAACUUCAGCGGCAGGUAAGGAACAACAGAAUUCAGUAUGAGAUCAGGGGAAACUUCAAAACCAGAGCAGGUUUGGGGCUGAGCCACAUCACGUACUGGGUCACUAGACAGUGUUUGGUUGAGCUCACAAGCCCACCUAAUGGAGUCUUGGUCAGCCGUAGCUGCAGAACGAAUUAAUGGAGACUCUUCUCUUCCUGUUUCUCAUUUCCUCUUUUAUGCGUGGGAAUGCAGGGUAUUUCUUUUUGUAAACAUAAGCUAUAAAAAUUGGCAAAAGCUCAAAUUCAUUCGUUGUAAGAGAAAAACAAGAUAAAUCAAAAGAAGAAGAUGUCCAUGGCAUGAAAGCCUCAUAGAUCAUUCUAUUACAGUUGAAAUUUAUGAUACCAACUGUAUUUUUUUGCACAUUGAAAUGAAGAAGAAUAAUGACAGGACCCUAGCCCCUGGUCCCUGCAUCUUCUUUUGUUUUAUUUUUUUUAAGAUAUCUUAAAUUGGCACUUAUUAUUUAUUAACUUAUUUACUUUUUCUUGGUGGCAGUCACAGUUUCCUCCAUUUUAACCACUACCCUAUAUUGUGGAGAAUUCGUAGAUAGUGGCAAAACCACCUUGUAAACCUUCUUUAAAGUUCCCUGCUGCAUAUGUGUGAUAGUUUGUCUGUCUUCUUCUUGUUAUGGUGCGGGUGUUGAGAGUCCGUCCGAUUUCAAGCUUAGGUACAUAAACAUUGUCUAUUCCUUUACUGGUUUCCCAGCUGCAUGUAUAUACGCAUAAUUCAAAAUACUAGCAUGCUAUAUUUCCAUUUCUCAAAUCAAAUCAAUGAUUAACAAAAACUAUGAUACAUAGAUCCAACUGAUACCUAUACCCUGCAUAUGUGAACUGAAUCACGCUCCCAUGCUAUGUAUUUAUGUAUGUGGGUGUUUCCUAUGUACCUAUGCUCCUAUGCUGCUUGUACUUGUUUGUAAAAAGUCACGUUUGCAUGCUUCACUGAAAAUCUAAAGUAUUACGUAUGUAUACAUGUUGGUGUUUUAUAUAUACCGAUGCUGCUAAUACCUUUUAGUAAAAAACCAUGUUUGCGUGCUUCAAUGAAAGUGACAUGAAUGUUCCUACAUGCAUGUGUAGUUUUAUAGACUCCAGUUCUAUAUGACAUACAUGAUGUUACAUCCAUCCAUGAUGUCAAUGUAUGCAUGCAGUGAUUCUUCAUUAACCAACUCGUGCUUUGCAUUUCCAUGUUGAGAGCAUGGUACUACGGUUUCAUAUCAAUGCUACUUUGCGUACAUAAUUUUCGUGAUUCUCAUAACCGAAAAAAAAAAAGGAAAUGUCCAUGGAGAAUCGAUGCCCUGCUAAGGUUUUUCCUUGUCCUGCUGAUUCGUUUUUGCUCUUAUACAGUUGUUCGAUGUAAACUGUUCUUGAUGAGCCAUUUC